AUGGACACCCAAGGGGAGUACGUCAGCAUCACGGUGACACAUGACAAGCCACGCUCCGCCCGCCGUGAAGAUGCACGUUUCUCCUCUCAGAUCGGGAGCGACACAGGGGGUCCCUCUCACCGCGUCAUCACCACGGCGCCGGCGCUCCAGCCCGAGGGCUCGUUCCCUGACCCAGUACCCUCUGACCUGCUGCCUUCUGACCCACUGUCCCCUGACCCGCUGCCCCCUGACCCGUUUUCCCCUGACCCGCUGCCCUCUGACCUGAUGCCCCCUGACCCGCUGCCCUCUGACCGGCCGCCCCCUGACCCGCCGCCCCUGCCCUGUGCCCCAGGCCUGCAGGUGGUGCUCAAGUCCAUCAUGAAGGCCAUGGUCCCGCUGCUGCAGAUCGGGCUGCUGCUCUUCUUCGCCAUCCUCAUGUUCGCCAUCAUCGGCCUCGAGUUCUACAUGGGCAAGUUCCACAAGGCCUGCUUCCCCAACGGCACCGAAGCCAAGCCCGUGGGCGACUUCCCCUGUGGCAAGGAGGCGCCCGCCCGGCUGUGCGAGGGCGACACCGAGUGCCGGGAGUACUGGCCGGGCCCCAACUUCGGCAUCACCAACUUCGACAACAUCCUGUUCGCCAUCCUGACCGUGUUCCAGUGCAUCACCAUGGAGGGCUGGACCGACAUCCUCUACAACACAAACGAUGCCGCUGGCAACACCUGGAACUGGCUGUACUUCAUCCCUCUCAUCAUCAUCGGCUCCUUCUUCAUGCUCAACCUGGUGCUGGGCGUGCUCUCGGGGGAGUUCGCCAAGGAGCGCGAGCGGGUGGAGAACCGCCGGGCCUUCCUGAAGCUGCGGCGGCAGCAGCAGAUCGAGCGGGAGCUCAACGGCUACCUGGAGUGGAUCUUCAAGGCCGAGGAAGUCAUGCUGGCCGAGGAGGACAAGAACGCGGAGGAGAAGUCCCCCCUGGAUGCAGUGCUGAAGCGGGCGGCCACCAGGAAGAGCCGCAACGACCUGAUCCACGCCGAGGAGGGCGAGGACCGCUUUGCCGACCUCUGUGCUGUGGGGUCCCCCUUCGCCCGCGCCAGCCUCAAGAGCGGGAAGACGGAGGGCUCGUCCUACUUCCGCAGGAAGGAGAAGAUGUUCCGCUUCUUCGUGCGGCGCAUGGUGAAGGCGCAGAGCUUCUACUGGGUGGUGCUGUGCGUGGUGGCGCUCAACACGCUGUGCGUGGCCAUGGUGCACUACAACCAGCCGCAGCGGCUCACCACCGCGCUGUACUUUGCAGAGUUUGUUUUCCUGGGUCUCUUCCUCACAGAGAUGUCCCUGAAGAUGUACGGCCUGGGGCCCAGGAGCUACUUCCGGUCCUCCUUCAACUGCUUCGACUUCGGGGUCAUCGUGGGGAGCAUCUUUGAAGUGGUCUGGGCGGCCAUCAAGCCGGGAACCUCCUUCGGGAUCAGCGUGCUGCGGGCCCUCCGGCUGCUGAGGAUCUUCAAAGUCACCAAGUACUGGAACUCCCUGCGGAACCUGGUGGUGUCGCUGCUCAACUCCAUGAAGUCCAUCAUCAGCCUCCUGUUCCUGCUCUUCCUGUUCAUCGUGGUCUUUGCCCUGCUGGGCAUGCAGCUGUUUGGGGGACAGUUCAACUUUAAAGAAGAGACUCCAACGACCAACUUUGACACCUUCCCUGCCGCCAUCCUCACUGUCUUCCAGAUCCUGACGGGAGAGGACUGGAACGCGGUGAUGUAUCACGGGAUCGAGUCGCAAGGCGGCGUCAGCAAAGGCAUGUUCUCGUCCUUUUACUUCAUCGUCCUGACGCUGUUUGGAAACUACACCUUGCUGAACGUCUUCCUGGCCAUCGCCGUGGACAACCUCGCCAACGCCCAGGAGCUGACCAAGGAUGAAGAGGAGAUGGAGGAGGCCGCCAACCAGAAGCUCGCUCUGCAGAAGGCCAAGGAAGUGGCCGAAGUCAGCCCCAUGUCGGCCGCGAACGUCUCCAUUGCCACUUUUGUACGGCACGCUCGGGGUGCUGUAUCUCGCAGCUCAUCUGUCUCCAGCGUAAACUCGCAGCAGAACGCCAAGGCGCGCUCCGUGUGGGAGCAGCGGACCAGCCAGCUGCGCCUGCAGAACCUGCGCGCCAGCUGCGAGGCGCUGUACAGCGAGCUGGGCCCCGAGGAGCGGCUGCGCUUUGCCACCGCGCGCCACCUGCGCCCCGACAUGAAGACGCACCUGGACCGGCCGCUCGUGGUGGAGCCGGGCCGCGAGGGCACGCGGGGGCCGGCGGCGGGCAAGGUGCGGCCCGAGGGCGUGGAGCCGGCCGAGGGCGGAGAGGCGGCCGAGGGCGCGGACCCGCCGCGCAGGCACCACCGGCACCGCGAAAAGGACAAGGCCCCGGCCCCGGCGGGGGAGCAGGACCGGGCGGACGCCCCGAAGGCCGAGAGCGCGGAGCCCGCUGCCCCGGAGGAGCGCGCACGGCCGCACCGCAGCCGCAGCAAGGAGGCCGCGGGGACCCGGGAGGCCCGGGGCGAGCGCGGCCGCGGCCCGGGGCCCGAAGGCGGCCGGCGCCACCACCGGCGCGGCUCCCCGGAGGAGGCGGCCGAGCGGGAGCCCCGGCGCCACCGCGGGCACCGCCACGGGGACCAGAGCAAGGACGGCGCCACGCACGGUGCCAGGGGCGAGCGGCGAGCCCGGCACCGUGGCCCCCGGGCCGGCCCCCGGGAGGCGGAGAGCAGCGAGGAGCCGGCGCGGAGGCACCGCGCGCGGCACCGGGCACCGCCCGCACCCGAGGAGGCUGUGGAGAAGGAGGGCGAGGCGGACGACAAGGACAAGGAGCCGCGGGACCCACAGCCCCAGGAGCCACGCUGUGACCUGGAGGCCGGCGGGACGGCGGGGGUGGGCCCGGUGCGUGCGCUGCCCAGCACCUGCGUGCAGAAGGCGGAGGAGCAGCCAGAGGAUGCGGAUAACCAGCGGAAUGUCACUCGGAUGGGCAGCCAACCCUCAGAGCCAAGUGCCACUGUGCACGUCCCAGUGGUGCCGACUGGCCCGCCUGGGGAGACCACGGCCGUGCCCAGUGGCGCCGUGGACCUGGAGAGCCAGGCGGAGGGCAAGGAGGUGGAGGCGGACGGUGCGAUGCGGAGUGGCCCCCGGCCCAUCGUGCCCUACAGCUCCAUGUUCUGCCUCAGCCCCACCAACCUGCUCCGGCGCCUCUGCCACUCCAUCGUGACCAUGCGCUACUUCGAGAUGGUCAUCCUCGUGGUCAUCGCGCUGAGCAGCAUCGCCCUGGCCGCGGAGGACCCCGUGCGCGCUGACUCGCCCCGCAACAACGUGCUGAAGUACAUGGACUACAUCUUCACUGGCGUCUUCACCUUCGAGAUGGUGAUAAAGAUGAUCGACCUGGGGCUGCUGCUGCACCCGGGGGCCUACUUCCGGGACCUGUGGAACAUUCUGGACUUCAUUGUGGUCAGUGGGGCCCUGGUGGCGUUUGCCUUCUCGAGCUUCAUGGGAGGCUCCAAAGGGAAGGACAUCAACACCAUCAAGUCCCUGCGCGUGCUGCGCGUCCUGCGGCCGCUCAAGACCAUCAAGCGGCUGCCCAAGCUCAAGGCCGUGUUCGACUGCGUGGUGAACUCGCUCAAGAACGUGCUCAACAUCCUCAUCGUGUACAUGCUCUUCAUGUUCAUCUUCGCCGUCAUCGCCGUGCAGCUGUUCAAGGGCAAGUUCUUCUACUGCACGGACGAGUCCAAGGAGCUGGAGCGGGACUGCAGGGGCCAGUACCUGGACUACGAGCGGGAGGAGGUGGAGGCCCAGCCACGGCAGUGGAAGAAGUACGACUUCCACUACGACAACGUGCUCUGGGCGCUGCUCACGCUGUUCACCGUGUCCACGGGGGAAGGCUGGCCCAUGGUGCUGAAGCACUCGGUGGACGCCACCUACGAGGAGCAGGGCCCGAGCCCCGGCUACCGCAUGGAGCUGUCCAUCUUCUACGUGGUCUACUUCGUGGUCUUCCCCUUCUUCUUCGUCAACAUCUUCGUGGCCCUGAUCAUCAUCACCUUCCAGGAGCAGGGCGACAGGGCCAUGUCCGCCUGCAGCCUGGAGAAGAACGAGAGGGCGUGCAUCGACUUCGCCAUCAGCGCCCGGCCGCUGACGCGGUACAUGCCGCAGAACAAGCAGUCCUUCCAGUACAAGACGUGGACCUUCGUGGUGUCGCCGCCCUUCGAGUACUUCAUCAUGGCCAUGAUCGCCCUCAACACCGUCGUGCUCAUGAUGAAGUUCUACGACGCGCCCUACGAGUACGAGCUGAUGCUGAAGUGCCUGAACAUCGUGUUCACGUCCAUGUUCUCCAUGGAGUGUGUGCUCAAGAUCGUCGCCUUCGGGGUGCUGAACUACUUCCGAGACGCCUGGAACGUCUUCGACCUCGUCACCGUGCUGGGAAGCGUCACUGACAUUCUGGUCACGGAGAUCGCGGAAAGGAACAACUUCAUCAACCUCAGCUUCCUGCGCCUGUUCCGCGCCGCGCGGCUCAUCAAGCUGCUGCGCCAGGGCUACACCAUCCGCAUCCUGCUCUGGACCUUCGUGCAGUCCUUCAAGGCCCUGCCCUACGUGUGCCUCCUGAUCGCCAUGCUGUUCUUCAUCUACGCCAUCAUCGGCAUGCAGGUGUUCGGGAACAUCGCCCUGGACGACGACUCCAGCAUCAACCGGCACAACAACUUCCGGACGUUCCUGCAGGCGCUGAUGCUGCUGUUCAGGAGCGCCACCGGGGAGGCCUGGCACGAGAUCAUGCUGUCCUGCCUCAGCAGCCAGGAGUGCGACGAGCAGGCCAACGCCAGCGAGUGCGGCAGCGACUUCGCCUACUUCUACUUCGUCUCCUUCAUCUUCCUCUGCUCCUUCCUGAUGCUGAACCUCUUUGUGGCUGUGAUCAUGGACAAUUUCGAGUACCUCACGCGGGACUCCUCCAUCCUAGGCCCGCACCACCUGGACGAGUUCAUCCGGGUCUGGGCCGAGUACGACCCGGCGGCCUGCGGGCGCAUCACGUACAGCGACAUGUUCGAGAUGCUGAAGCACAUGCCCCCGCCCCUGGGGCUGGGCAAGCGGUGCCCCGCCCGCGUGGCCUACAAGCGCCUGGUCCGCAUGAAUAUGCCCAUCUCCAGCGAGGACAUGACUGUCCACUUCACAUCCACGCUGAUGGCCCUCAUCCGCACGGCGCUGGAGAUCAAGCUGGCCCCAGCUGGCACGAAGCAGCACCAGUGUGACGCGGCGCUGCGCAAGGAGAUCGCCUCGGUGUGGGCCAACCUGCCCCAGAAGACCUUGGACUUGCUGGUGCCGCCCCACAGACCCGACGAGAUGACCGUGGGCAAGGUGUACGCGGCCCUGAUGAUCUUCGACUUCUACAAGCAGAGCAAGACCAGCCGGGACCAGACCCACCCCGUGCCCGGCCUGUCCCAGAUGGGCCCCGGGUCCCUGUUCCACCCGCUGAAGGCCACGCUGGAGCAGACGCAGCCCGCGGUGCUCCGAGGGGCCCGCGUGUUUCUCCAGCAGAAGAGCUCAGCCUCCCUCAGCAACGGCGGGGCCGUACAAACCCAAGAGGGCGGCCUCAGGGAGUCUGUUUCCUGGGGCACCCAGAGGACCCAGGAGGUGCCACGCGAGGCCAGGGCGCCCCUGGAGCGAGGCCACUCGGCAGAGAUCCCAGUGGUGCAGCCGGUAAAGCCGGCUGUGGAUGUCCAGAUGCAGAGCAUGGCCCUGAGAGGCGCUGACGGGGAGCCCCAGCCCGGGCUGGAGAGCCAGGGGCGCGCAGCCUCCAUGCCUCGCCUGGCCGCGGAGACACAGCCAGCCUCCGACGCCAGCCCCAUGAAGCGCUCCAUCUCCACGCUGGCGCCCCAGCGCCCCCACGUGGCCCAUCUCUGCACUGCCGCCCUGGAGCGCGCCCCCGCCAGCCAGGCCGCCCCCCACCACCACCACCGCUGCCAUCGGCGCAGGGACCGGAAGCAGAAGUCCCUGGAGAAGGGGCCCAGCCUGUCCGCAGACGCCAAUGGUGCCCCCAGCAGCUCCGCGGGGCCAGGCCCGCCCCCCGGAGAGGGGCCCCCCGGCCGGCGGGAGCGCAGGCAGGAGCGGGGCCGGUCCCAGGAGCGCAGGCAGCCCUCCUCCUCCUCCUCCGAGAAGCAGCGCUUCUACUCCUGCGACCGCUUCGGGGGCCGGGAGCCCCCGCUGCCCAGGCCCGCCCUCAGCAGCCACCCCACGUCGCCCACAGCCGGGCCGGAGCCAGGCCCCCCGAGACAGGGCGGCGGUUCUGUGGACGGGAGCCCCCUGCUGUCCACAUCUGGUGCUAGCACCCCCGGGCGCGGCGGGCGGAGGCAGCUCCCCCAGACGCCGCUGACCCCCCGGCCCAGCGUCACCUACAAGACGGCCCACUCCUCGCCCGUGCACUUCGCCGGGGCCCAGGGCGGCCCCCCCUUCUCGCCGGGCCGGCUCAGCCGCGGCCUCUCGGAACACAACGCCCUGCUCCAGAGGGACCCCCUGGGCCCGCCGCUGGCCCCCAGCGCGCGCAUCGGCUCGGACCCGUACCUGGCGCAGCGCCUGGAGGCCGAGGCCCCGCCGCCCGAGGACGUGCUCACCUUCGAGGAGGCCGUGGCCACCAACUCGGGCCGCUCCUCGCGGGCCUCCUACGUGUCCUCCCUGACCUCCCAGCCGCACCCGCUGCGCCGCGUGCCCAACGGCUACCACUGCUCGCUGGGCCUGGGCGCCGGCAGCCGCGCCCGCCACAGCUACCACCACCCGGACCAAGACCACUGGUGCUAGUCCGCCCGCCCGAGAGGGGCCUCGCCCGCUGCCCUCCCGCC